AUGGGUUGGCUUCGGUAUCUUGUACCUAAGAUUCUCUUGCCUACCUUUACUUGGCCUCAUCAAGUCCUUGGAUCUGUCAAUUUAGCAUCAUCAAUUCCACCAACACCGCGCCUUUCCCCCCCAAGUGUUCGUCAAGCUAUUGGAUUCUUUCACAACUACCUUCGUUCCUUCUCGAGCUACUACUGCCAUUGGUGUGGCAUUCCAUUUGACAAUCAGAUCGCGGCUCUUCCAUUUGGACUGGUGUUAAAAUGGUCAGACGGCACGCGGCUUGAAGAAGUAGCGGCAACCUUAAUAGCGCGAUCUGCAGGCUUUCCAGUGCCAAAGAUUAUCUCAUACGGCGAGCAUCCUGACGCACCUCAUGCACCGGUGUCAAUACUUAUGACUCGCAUACUGGGAAAGGACCUGGGCGACCCGGGAUUGUACGAGGAGAUGACUGACGACGAGCGGGAGAGCAUUUUCGCAGAACUACAGUGCAUCCUACAAGUCAUGCGGAAAUGGUCUCACUCAUGGGGCAAAGAGCAGAUCUGUUCAGUGUUAGGUACGCCAGUCAGGAGCGUGCGUAUCCCCGGUCAUGCAGUCGGACCGUGUGAAUCUGAAUCUGAAUUCAAUGACCACCUCUUCAGUUCCAUCUCCGGCCACAGCUUCGAAACUCAGGAAACGUUCAAAGAGACGAUGGAAGUUGCUAGAAGAUUGCAAGAGAUGCGGCAUCCAAUCGUCUUUACUCAUGGCGAUCUCAAACAUCAUAAUAUUAUGGUUUUAGAUGGUCACAUUUCGGGCUUCCUGGACUGGGAGUCUGCGGGCUGGUAUCCGGAUUAUUGGGAGUUUACUACUCCUCUAAGAUUUGGCCCGAGAGACUUUUGGUGGAAUGAGUUGGUGUGCAGACUGUGCGGUGAAAAAUACGCGGUGGAACUGGAGAGUGAGAAAGCGCUGGUUCCCCUUACGGUCGACUCGUGGGCAUGGUAG